AAGCAAAACAAUAUGCUCGUAGUAAUUCCCUCAUAAUAUUUUGUCUAUUGGUGUACUUGGUGACUAUCGGGUUGUCGUGCUAGUUCAGUUAGCAUGUAGCCGAGGUUACGGACGCUACUGGAGGGGUUAGCUUUACACCUGGAACCGCCACGAUACUUGUCUGCACGAUGCAGUUAAUGGGAAAACUAGCCGAGAAGAACUAGCGAAUGGAACAUUAGCCAACUUCGCUAACUAGUCGUCCACGUAGGUGCCCGCAUUCUGCUGCAGAGGAGAGAGCACAAGGAUGAGGAGGCUGUAGGCAUCCGCCGUAGCAUGGCCGCGUCCCGUUCCUCGCGCGUCACAAGGUCGUCAGUGGGGCUCAAUGGAUUGGACGAGAACUUUUGUGGUCGAACCCUCAGGAACCGCAGCAUCGCCCAGCCUGAGGAGACCUCGCUACCUCCGCUACCGAGGGCCCGCUCUCCCAAGAAGAAGCAGGAGUCGAAACAGGACGGAAAACAAGACGUUAAGCAGGACGGCAAACCAGACGUCAAGCAGGACGGCAAACCAGACGUCAAGCAGGACGGCAAACCAGACGUUAAGCAGGACGGCAAACCAGACGUUAAGCAGGACGGCAAACCAGACGUUAAGCAGGAGUCUAGGCAAGACGGCAAACCAGACGUUAAGCAGGAAUCUAGGCAAGACGUUAAGCAGGAGUCUAGGCAAGACGGCAAACCAGACGUUAAGCAGGAGUCUAGGCAAGACGUUAAGCAGGAGUCUAGGCAAGACGGCAAACCAGACGUUAAGCAGGAAUCUAGGCAAGACGUUAAGCAGGAGUCUAGGCAAGACGACAAACCAGACGUUAAACAUGAGUCUAAGCAGGACGAGCACCAUGCCAAGCAGGACACUCAGCAGGAUGACCAGCAGCAGGCCUCGUUGCAGGGCAAGGUAACUGACUUGAACGCCUCUUCUGCCGAGGCGGAGCCAUGGACCAGCUCCAGGAAGCGGGGAGUCUCUUGUUUAGACAUCAGUCAAGAUAAUUCUGAGAACUGUGAGAGAGGGAAAGGUGCUCGGGAUGUCUCUCCUCAAAUCAAAAGGGCCAAGCGUUGCUCCCGCUCUGGAGAGUCUCAGGGACACGACGAGGACCCGGUGCCUCUAAAGUCUGAAAGCCCGGGCUCCGCCCCAAAGACGAGCAAGGACAACAGCUGUGAAGAAUUUCCCGGCCUGAACUCUGCAAACUCUGCGUCACCUGUCCACAGUAAAGAGGAAGGGGAGCCGACCGGUGCGGAGGACAGUCAUGUGGAGUGUGACGGGGCGGCUCGGCCCCCGCACGCCCACAUGGCCUUCAAUGGACUCGGAGAGAAUAAAGCAGAGGAACCUAGCACCCUCACUGAAGAACCUAGUGCAAACCCCACCCCUGUCACAGACUGCCCGACGCUGCUCAACGGCAGUCAGACAGGGGCCCCCUCGUCCCCCGACCCCUCUGUGCCUUGUAGAAACUCUGUCCCUCUGCAGAUGGAGGCCUCUGGCUCAGGGGAAUCGCCAGCCUCAUCCAUGGUAACAUUGGAGGCCCUUCCAGAGGACCCUGUGCCCGAGUUGAUCGUGGCUCAGAUGGUGGAGGAGGAAGAGGUGGUGGUGGAGGAGGUGGAGGUCGACGUGGUGGGCGACCCGUUAUUUGUGGCCCACGAGGAGCAGGUGACGGCGAGUGAGAGCGACACCAAUGGCCGGCCGCCAACACCAGUGCAGGAAGCUGCUGCUGCCGCCGCCUCCUCCACUACCACCAACACAAACAGUAUUCCAAUCAACAACAGCAACUCAGGAGAAACUACACCCCCACUAGCAACCACCCCCUCCCCCACAGAGCCAGAGUGCAAUCCCUCUGUAUCCAGCACGCCCCCCUCCUUCACGGAUCUCUACGAACACAGAUACACACUGCGGACUUCACCGAGGAGGGCUGCUACCGGCGGCAUGGCCGCCUCCUCCAAGCUCAGCUCUCCUCCAAGAGACAAUGGUCCCUUGAAGGAAGAGGGGGAGGUGCUAGUUGGGCCGGAGGAGUGCUGCCCUAUGGUGGGGGAGCCAGCUCCCUCGUGCUCGGUCGGCCCCUGCAUCAAGGAGCCGGUGUCCGUGGCUCUCGGAGACGGGGCAGGUGGCGAGCACAUGGUACCUGUGGGGUGCAGUGAGGCCGAGCCAAGCAGGAAGCUGACCCAGAGCCGGGCAGCAGCAGCGGAGGAGGAGGACGAGGAAGAAGAGGAGGAGGAGGAGGAGCCAGACGUGUAUUAUUUUGAGUCGGACCACCUGGCUCUUAAACACAACAAAGAUUAUCAGAGACUGCUGCAGACCAUCGGCGUCCUCGAGGCCCAGCGCACGCAGGCCAUCCUGGACCUGGAGACGCUGGCCCGUCAGCAGAGGGAGGCACUCGGCGAUCCCAUCAGCUUUGUGGAGCAGCUGCAGAAACAGGUUCAUUUGGACUUGCCGUGUCCUCAGCGAGUCGUCCAGCUCCCUGACGUUGGAUGGGACCAGUACACCUCAGGCCUCGGGGACUUUGAGAGAGAGUUCUGUGACAAGAAACGGAAAACCAGGCGGCUAAAGCUGAUCUUUGACCAAGGUUUGCCUGCUCGACCAAAAAGUCCCGUGGAGCCCAAGAAGGAAGGCGAGUCGUCCACCAUGUACUCCUCUCUGCCUACUAGUGACGCUCUAGAGAACAGCAGGCAACAACAGAUGAUCAGGGGAAGGAUUUGUCAUCCAAACAAGUCUGACACUUUUAACCAGCUGUGGACCGUGGAGGAACAGAAAAAACUGGAGCAACUUCUUGUAAAGUUCCCCCCCGAGGAAGUGGAGUCCAGAAGAUGGCAGAAGAUUGCCGAUGAGCUCGGCAACCGAACAGCAAAGCAGGUUGCCAGUAGGGUUCAGAAGUACUUCAUCAAACUGACAAAAGCUGGUAUCCCUGUGCCUGGAAGAACACCCAACCUGUGCAUGUACACUAAGAAGGCAUCCAGUAAGCGGCAGCACCACCUCAACAAGCACCUGUACCGGGCGUCUACUUUCCUGACCUCCUACGAGCCGCCCGUCUACAUGGACGAGGACGACGAGCGCUCAGCGUAUUACAGCAGCAUGCAGGACCCUUCUGCUGACGACUCGGAUGAAGAGGCCAUACCUAUGGGGUUGAGGAAUUUGCCCGAGUAUAAAGAACUUUUAGAGCUAAAGCGACUGAAGAAACAGACUCUCCAGGAGAUCCACGAGGACAAGCCCGGGAUGCGGCAUGUAGGCUACAAGUGCGAUAUCUGCGGCAUGGAGCCCAUUCAGGGAGUGAGGUGGCACUGUCAGGAUUGUCCGCAGGACAACUCUGUGGAUUUCUGCUCCAACUGCUCCGACUGCUUGUUGAAGACAGAGACUCACAAACCUGACCACCACCUGGAACCGGUGCACCAGCAGGACACUUUUCUGGACAGGGACUACUGCCUGCCGCAGAGCGCCGGCUACAACUACCUGGACCCAAACUACUUUCCAGCCAACAGAUGACAGGGUCCCAGGCGUCUGUAGCUCCAGGCUCUCACCACAUAUCCCACAGGCCACUCUGUGCAUGGCUCUAUCCACCAAGUCCACGAUAACUGCUAAACCCCCCCGCCAGGCAGGAGGGCCAACAGGCAAGUGCGGGGGGCGGGGCAGGGGGGGGGGUGUUGGUAAACUGGCAUCUCUGACUUAGGCAAAGGUUUGGCCAUGUUGGUUCCUCAGAGCAAGAGGGUCCCGCCCCACCUCGGCCAGGUCAAUCAGCGGAGCUGGAAUUUGAAAUGAUGAAGAAAAAAAGAAGAAAAAAACACGUAAAAAUACCCCAGAAGACACACCGACAUUCCCGAGCUCUGUGACUCCGGGGGGGCGGUGUUUCUUCCCCUCAUCCUCGCCCUCCGGUUUACCCCUUCCCCCCGCGCUGCUUUUUGAAACUGGAGAGUUGCCGCUCAGUCCGGUGAAGAGUCACCUCGAAGGAGACGCGCGGUCACAGUGGACUGCGAAGUCAUCAGCUGAGAUACACCUGGGUGGUUUGUCUGUGUGUGUGUGUGUGUGUGUGUGUGUGUGUGUGUGUGUAUAUACACGUGGUCUCCGUGUUAUGCAAGAGUGAAAAAUGUUCUAGCUAGGUAAUCGUAGAUGAGUAUUUAUGAGUCCCGGCUCCCUGAGCGUGAGCUGCCGCCAGAGGAAGUGGGCGGCGUGGCGUGGGGCGCUCUGCUGAGCCACAUGACGGACGUGUGUCUGUGUGCAUGUGUAGAACGGAGUGUGCGUGUGUGUGUGUGUGUGUGCGCGCCAGCAUGGAGCCGACCCCCUAGCACUGUCGCACAACGCUGCUCUCUCCCCUUUCAAACACACAGACACACACUUUCAUUUCCAUUUCCUUUCCCUUUGCUCUCUCCACUAAAACACGUCAGACCGGGAAGCACUACAGCACGGAGAGCAAAGGUUUUUGAAGGCAGGUGAAUGGGAUCCUGCAAAGUUUUUUUUUUUUUUCUCUCCCCCCCCCCCCCCCCCCCGCCUCCCCAUCUCUCCCAAUGUGUGCCGUUGUUGAACAUGUUGAGUGUACAAGUGUAUAUGGUGAAAAGUAGCCCGCGCUAGCUGCUCUGUGCCAUUUUUAUAAAAUGAUUUCUUUGGGGAGGUAACUCGGCCUCCUGAACAACUUCUCUCUCCCUCGGCGCCACCGACCCACAUUCUCCUUCAGAAUCGAUCCAGUCGUCAUGCCUCUAGAUCCUCUUUAAUUUUGCAGUCCACUUUAAAAGGUCCAUUGAAAAGAUUGUAUUUUUAUUAAUCUAUUUAAAAUAAAAAAAAGAAUUGAGGUAGUGGUGCCUCCAGUGGAACAACCCACACAAUUUUAUACACAUAGCUUUUGUUGUGCUUGAGUAGACACCAUUUUGUAUGGUUUUCGUCUCUUUCCUUCACCCCCUUUGCCCUGCUUCAAUAUCUGUGUAUAACAGUCUGUUCUUAUGUAAAAAAAAUAAUAAUAAUGUAAAAAAAAAAAAUGCUAGAGGAGAACCGUGGAAAUAAAAGUAUGUGAAACUAAUGUUUCUACACAAGUUGUUUUGUUUAUUUUUUGUUAAUUAUUGACUUGAUUAGUAAAAAAAAAAUGCUUUCACUUCCAUGUCCAGCGACAUGCUCUGGGGGGGAUUAUAAGGGGGAAAGCGGUUUUGAAGAUGGAUGAAAGGAUAUUUUUGUUGCAAAACAUCUCACCACAAGAUGGCGCCCUCAGAUCAGCUGUGAUUAUACAUACACACAAACACACGUGAAACGCCUAUAACACACUCCAUUUAGCAAAUGCACUUUGUCUUUAUUGAAUGUCAAACACCAGACUGCAACAAGCACCUGCACCGUUAGCCCGGAAACAAACAAAUGCAAUAUUCUCCAUUACUUAAAUCUUUUUUAAAUUUUUUUUUUAUUGAAUUGAAUGCGCAGAAAGCAGUGAAGCUUGAUUGUAAUUUUUGCAUGCUUGUUACAUUAUGAAGCACGUUGUGUUGUGCAUGAGAGCAUGAGCGCACUUGACAUUUGAGAGAUUUCACAUCUUUACUUGGAACACGCUCUCGGUCACAGCAGGGAAUGCUGGGUGUUUUUCUCACAGCAGUUAUGUAGCCCUCGGCAAGGGGGCCGGCAGCAUAUAUUCAGUUCAAUGUAAGAGCGAGACGAAGCGGGAGGGUUCACCGGUUGCUGGGAG